UGGAACCUUGGUGCAUCAGUACGCAGUUAUCUGAAUGAUCAGUCGUCUAGAACCUUGCUGCAUCCGUGCACGGUCCUCUGGAGUGGGGCCUGUGUGAUAUGUUGGAUUUGUUUACAGUCCUCGGGAGUGGAACAUGUGUGAUAGCUUGGAAUGACGUUUUACGUACUUUAGUAUACGGUCCUCUUGGGUGAAGCCUGUGUGAUCAAUGUCGUCUAAAACCGUAUUGUAAGCGUGUGCUGCAGUGUGCUGCAGCCGAAAUCCACGAUCAAUGUGCGGUGAGAGUCGUGACGUCUAAAGCCAUGACGUCACGCCUGUGCCCAUGGAAACACGCUGGACUGGUGUGGGGCUUAAUAAUAUUGGCUACGUUCACAUAUUUCCUUCUUUACCUUAAACUGACAGACAGAAACACACGGAAACAUCACAUGACAGCGUACUGGCUGCAGUGGAUAACCUUCAUGAAUUCAAAGAAAAGUUUUACAGGUUCAAGGACUGACAUCAUUCAAUCGAAUGAUUCAGUAAGUUGCGUCAAUCAGAAUUCAACGAUGAAAAGUUUUAAUUUGUGUCAAAUAAAUUCUGCAAAUUCCAAAAGUGGUACAGAUGUUCAUGGCUAUAUCCCCUUCAAUAACUUUGAAUACCCUCUGGAAAUUGAUAUGAACGAUUUAGUAUCCAAAUUAAAGACUAACAGGGAUGUAUCUGCUAAACCAAUAUUCACCUAUCCACAUACUUUUAUCAAAUCUCCUACAUGGAUGUGUGAAACAAGGAAUGUUCGUCUGCUGAUUGUAGUGAAAUCUGGAGUUACCCAUUUUAAAAGACGGGAAAUGAUCCGUAACACUUGGGGAAACAACACAAGUACAAGUUCAGGGAUAGUGACCCUGUUUCUGUUAGGGUCAACAAAGCACGUGAUGUAUCAACGCCAAAUAAAGCGGGAACAUAACAGUUAUGGUGACAUCAUACAGAUGUCAUUUUAUGACGACUACUACAAUAAUACACUGAAGACGGUUGGUGGAAUUAAAUGGGCGCGAAAUCAUUGCAACCAAUCAAAAUUCGUCUUAUUUACUGAUGAUGAUUUUUACAUUGCCCCAGACCGCUUGGUGUAUUACACUGAAAAUGUAGAGAAGUAUGAAAGGACUUCCUUUUACAGAGGAGCUAUGUGGGAAAAUGGACGUCCGAUCAGAAAUGAACACAAUAAAUGGUAUAUUUCCCGGGAGGAUUAUCCAUUCGAUCGUUACCCCGAUUUCAUUGCAGCGGGAUUCAUGUUAUUUUCUAUUGAUUUUGUUAUAGAUCUAGAUUUAGCAAUUCCUUUUACUAAGAAGUUUAUAUUUGACGAUGUGUAUAUCUCAAUAGUUGCUUAUAAGUUGCAUGUAAGUCCGUCGAAUAUGAAGGGCGUACAUAUACACAAGUUUCCGUACAGUCGAGAGGGGUUCCUACACGUGAUUGCCUCCCACGGAUACGAUCGGGCAUCUACCUUAGAACGGGCCUGGUGGAUUCACCAAAACAAACAACUACACAAGUAUGGUCGAAAGAAUCUUCGUGCUUAUAGUGUGAAGGCCAUUUAGCUUAUCAAAGUGAUUUUCAUCUCAACAUUCAGCAUACGAUUUCGAUAAUCCUCAUGGCCAUGCCAAGUGAUACAUAAAUAGGCCAAGAAAUAGACCAAAAAUGCUUUUCCUAUAUAAACUUUCACGUUCAUGUUGGAAAUAUAAUACAGUAUAUAUUAAGCACGGAUACCGUGGUAGAAAUACAGUCUAGGUGUCUUUAGACUUAGGGGCCGCGGUGGCAGAGUGGUCAAGGUGUCCCGACACUUUAACACUAGCCCUCCACCUCUGGGUUGCGAGUUCGAAACCUACGUGGGGCAGUUGCCAGGUUCUGAUCGUAGACCGGUGGUUUUUCUCCGGGUACUCCGGCUUUCCUCCACCACCAAAACCUGGCACGUCCUUAAAUGACCCUGACUGUUAAUAGGACGUUAAACAAAAACCAACCAACGAACCAAUAAGUCUUUAGACCUGUAUGUACCAUAGUGUGUAUACCACGUAGGGGUGUCAUGUUAACCUCCCCUGGUACAAAUACACUGAGACUGUCAACUCAUGUCCCUGAGACGCACACUAGGAAAGGUCCAAAUACGUCAUGCUGUAGUGAAAUAGGUCCAAAUACAUUCUAGCUGUACAAAAUUCUCAGGUCCCUGUGAUACACUAGAAUAGGUCCUAAUACAUUUAAGCUGUAACAAAUUAUCAGUACAGUCCCCGGGUCCCUGUGAUACACACUGGAAUAUAGGUGCAAAUAUAUUUAGACUGCAAUACAUUCUCGGGUCCUGCAUUGCAGUCGAGACUAGCUGUGAAAAAAAGCCAAUGUUCUGGCAAUCUGUAAACUGCUCUGCUGGGAAAUUAAAAUGUUGGCAUUCAUAUAAGCCUCUCAUUUAGGCAAUACACGCGUUCAAUUCGAAACUACAUUAUUAUUAUGUAGUUUGGGAACAGAUCAGGAUCUUAUAGGAAUGCUGAAAUUACAUGGAGUACAAUAAAUUUCAGCAGACUUCAGGCCCGAGAUUCACUUGUAUGUCAAACGUUUCAACACGUAUCGGAUGCUAUUUUAACUCAACAUAAAUCCUUAUAUCUAUUUCCCUGCAAAUUGAACCGAACAGUUUAAAUAUUCAAUUUCACAUACACUGUGGAAUUAUGACCGGGAAUUCACAUCAAAACACCGAUGGCCCUUGGCUAUACGACAUGAUCCCUGCUUUACCGGACCUCGAACUCGCGACGGCCAAAUCUCCAGCUAAGAAAUGCAUUCGACUUCGUAACCACUACGCCAAGACUACGAUCUUCUUCUUUUUUUAUUUCACUAACUGUUUACUUUAUGCAAAUGCAACUUUUAAUCAACCGACGUACAUGUACCUUCCUCUUUUUCGGAAAAAAGAGUUUCAUUUUACGGAGGUCGCUGAAAGAUUUAAAAAAAAAAUCAUAUCUUGUAGAGCGAGAGGCCCGAAGAAUAAUCAUUUUUCACUUCAAUAUCCGACACUACAAUGAUGGUUCAGUUUAAGUAGACACGGGCUUCCACAAUUUCUGCCGAAAUAUAUCGAGACAAACGUAAAGCCGGCAACUACAUGUAUAAUGUUACACUAUGACUCAAAUCUCAAUCUAAAGUCGGCGGGGAAAAUCGUUAAUUGUACAUAUAACAUAAAAUCCUAGGAGAUUGAAUGUUAAUUCGUGUGUGGUUGGCGACAAGAGACCAGUCGAUUACAAUAUCAAUGGAAACAUGUAUUUAUCGAUAUUCUCUACAGCGAGUUAUACCGGUAAUGUUUUACCUGUACAAUAACGCCAUUCGCAGAACAUUGCUAUAGCACAGUUAGAAUUAAGUUCAAUAUUUCAAGUUUUGCUUCAACAGCAAGGUGUGUACGUUUUUCCUGGGGGAAAUAAACAUAAUCAGCCGCUCUCACUUAGAUCGGGCUGAAUUCCGUGCCGAAGUGCAAUAUCCAGGAAUUAGCGGGUGAUCCAGGAUGGCUUCAAGAGCCCGGCGGAAAGAAUUAAAUAAUGCUUUAUUAAAGGCCCAUUAUCCAUUCUGUUAUUUGUACUCAUAAGUGGCAAAACCAUUUGUGUUUUCGACCACAUCCUAAAAACAGCUUUGCAUUGUGUCCUUAUUAAGAAACAUGGUGUAAUAGUAUAAAAGAAGUCACGCUACCGUAACAUAUGCACAUACAAUAUAUAUGAAUGCCAAAAAUAUUUAGCUUGUAAACUACAUAUGUCAAAAGAUAUAAAAUCAUUAUAUCUCUACA